UCUUAAGAUUUCUCAUGAUGAUGCAAUUUAUGAUAAUCACUUCUAGAAGGAGCAAAGUCCACUCUAAGAAACGUCGAGUUUCAGUUCAAGAACUGGAUCAAGCCAUGAAUACUCAAGUCAAGUUUAAAAUAGAACAGAAAUUUUUAUAUUCCAGAACAGGAACCUUCAAUUAUGACAACAAGUACAGAGGAGUUUCGUCUAGGUCUAUAGCUAAAAUUAAAGAAGAUUCAGAGGUUGAUAAAGAUGGAUUCUUGAUCAAUUAUGCUCUUGUCUUAGUCGGUUCAGGUAAAGAGAGUUAUGAGAAGGGCAAAAAAACUCUACAAAAUUGGAAGCAUUUUGGAAUGGAUUGGGCAUUUGUUGAUCCUGCAACUCCUGUUGAAACCGGUAAGAAGUUUUGCAUUUGUGUGAAAGAAGUUCUUCCAUGGGUGAUGCUUCCUCUACAAGUGGUUUAUGUUGAUGAAAGCCGGAAAUCAAGAAAAGGCCCUGCGGAUUUCGGUUACGGAAGCGGCACUCUUCAGGGUCAUUUACUAGCUGGUGAAGAACAGUUUUCGAUAGAGCUUGAUGGAAAUGGUGAGGUAUGGUAUGAGAUAACGUCGUUCUCAAAGCCAGCUCAUUUCUUGUCGUUCCUCGGAUAUCCUUAUGUGAAGCUAAGGCAGAAGCACUUUGCUCGCCAUUCUUCUGAAGCAGUGCUAUCAAUGGUUUGUGAUGGUACCGAAUAUGAAGAUAUUUCAUUAAACAAGUUGCAUCUUCUGUUCAAUACACUUUGUCUAUACCAAAAAUGAAGAUGAAAGGUAAAGUUUUUAUUCAGAU